AUGGAGGAUUCUGGCAGAAUCAACGUGAACAUGACAGUGGGAGAGUACGAACUCUUCAAAGAGGAUUCGAAGAGAGGGAAGUCUAUCAUCCCGCGCGAAGAACGCCGGGUGGAGCCAGAAAAGAAAGUGUCCUUCUCUUCCAAAAUCUUGGAGAAGAGGCUACCCAAAGGGUACCGACCCCUUGCUAUCGGAGAAUACGAUGGCAGUAAAGAUCCUGAAGACCAUCUCCGCAAGUUCAGGAACGCGACUCUGCUACACCAGUACAGCGAUGCUGUUAAAUGUGGGGUAUUUAUGAAUACCUUAUCGGGCUCUGCCCAGAAAUGGUUCGAUGGACUGCUGCAUGGGUCCAUCACUUGCUUCUCCGACUUCAAGAUCGCAUUUCUGCGUCACUUCGCCAGUAGCAGGAAGUAUCAAAAGACGAAUCACUGCUUGUUUGCUCUCAAGCAAGGGCUCUCCGAGCCGUUGAGGAGCUAUAUCAAGCGCUUCAAUCAAGUGGCUCAGGAUGUUUCCUCGGUCACAUCAGAAAUACUCAUGAGCGCCUUCUCUCAUGGGUUGACAGAAGGAGAGUUCUUUAGGGAUCUCAUCAAGAAUCCCGUAAAGAAUUUCGAUGAGAUGCUGGAAAAGGAGGCCAACUAUAUCAAUGUGGAAGAAGCGCAGACGACGCGAAGAAAGACAGACAAACCUCCUCCCGUAAACAAGCCUGAGAGAAGAGCACCCCAACGACCCCUCCCGCACGCUCGGGACGGCCGACCGACUUUCCACCCCUGUCAGGAUGCUCGGCUGAUCCCACGAGUAGCUGUAGUUCAUGCUCCCCGACCUGGAUCUUGGGGACCGCGCUAUUGCAUAUAUUAUCGAUCCCACUCGCAUGCUACCAGCGAGUGCUUUCAAUUCGCCCGUGAUGCCCGACGUGUUGCUGAGAUGGGCUUGGCACCCCCGAGCUGGCUCCUCAGGUCUAACGAAUGA